UGGAGGUGCGAUAGUUGUGUGGGAGGCACUAAUUCAGCUACUGAUACCGCUCCAGUUCUGCACUCGCUGCGCUCCAGUUCAGUCAGCAGUCUCUCCAACUUUACGCUUCGUUCCAGACGCAUCUGACCGUCCACAACCAAACGACAAGGAUUUCAAAAAUCAGAUAACAGAGGAUCACCAUGGCAAGCUUAAAUGAAACAUGCAUCUGAUCUGUCCAAGCACAGGUAACGCGGAGAUGCGCAGCGCCAGGUGAUGUGGAUGCUGAAGCGGCGCGGAUCAACUGGUCUCCAAGUGGCGCUCAGAACCUCCGGUAGAACUUUUUACACGAUGGGUUUUCAUUAUAGGAGUAGGAAUAGUGAAGUUCGAGGACUAUCUGCUAAGUCUUUAUGACAAUUUCCCUAUUAGUCUCUUUUUAGGCAUUUACUGUUUAUUAAACGCUUUGCAAAUUAACAAAUGGCUCGUUUCAAAGCGCACACCGAGUAUUGCCUAUUGCAGCGCGUUUUGAAACUUUUCUAGGAGAUUUAGCGAGAACACUUGCCCUCAUCGAGUUAAUCCGGAUCCCGUUGGCUCGUAUGGGACUGAGGCACUCAUCGCGGUGUCUGCUCCUGCGGAGAAAGAUGGCGGAGGCGGAGAGCACGGAGCAGCAGCAGCAGCAAAAACACAAGCAACCUCAGCAUCAGCAGCAGCAAAGUAUUUCCAGCAUCCCCUCGUCCCAGUCCCUACAACCAUCUCCACUACCAAAACCAGUGACCUCAGUUCAUCAUGUCCCUCCUCACCCUCCACACACGCCACACGUCUCUGCCCUUUCUGCCUGCCCCGGCCGAGGAAAGAUGGCCAAACUGCUCAACCCAGAGGAGAUGACAUCUCGAGAUUACUAUUUCGACUCUUAUGCCCACUUUGGAAUUCAUGAGGAAAUGCUAAAGGAUGAGGUGAGGACGCUGACUUACAGGAACUCCAUGUAUCACAAUAAACACAUCUUCAAGGAUAAGAUCGUUCUGGAUGUGGGCAGCGGAACUGGAAUCCUCUCCAUGUUUGCUGCCAAGGCAGGAGCCAAGCAUGUGUACGGGAUCGAAUGCUCCAGCAUAUCAGAGUAUUCGGAGAAAAUCAUCAAGUCGAAUCAUCUGGACAGCGUUAUUACGAUCCUUAAAGGCAAGGUGGAGGAGACGGAACUGCCUGUGGAUCAGGUGGACAUCAUCAUUUCCGAGUGGAUGGGUUACUGUCUGUUCUACGAGUCCAUGCUCAACACUGUCAUCUAUGCCAGAGACAAAUGGCUGAAACCUGGUGGUUUCAUGUUUCCAGACAGAGCGACAUUAUAUGUGGUUGCCAUUGAAGAUCGACAGUACAAAGACUUCAAAAUUCACUGGUGGGAAAACGUCUAUGGAUUUGACAUGACGUGCAUCCGAAAUGUUGCCAUGAUGGAGCCCCUGGUGGACAUAGUAGAUCCUAAACAAGUCGUUACCAAUUCCUGCCUUGUUAAGGAGGUGGACAUUUACACAGUGAAGACGGAGGAUUUGUCGUUCACCUCAGCUUUCUGUCUGCAGAUUCAGAGAAACGAUUACGUUCAUGCUCUCGUUACGUAUUUUAACAUUGAGUUCACCAAGUGUCACAAGAAGACUGGCUUUUCCACUGCCCCAGACGCACCCAGCACUCACUGGAAGCAGACAGUGUUUUAUCUGGAGGAUUAUUUAACUGUGCGCAGGGGAGAGGAAAUACUGGGCAGCAUCACUGUGAGGCCCAAUGAGAAUAAUGAGCGUGACUUAGACUUCACCUUUGAGUUGGAUUUCAAAGGACAGCUCUGCGACGCCGCCAUCUCUCACGACUACAAAAUGCGGUAAAACCCUCACAGCAUCCUAAAGCCGGGACCGCGUUUCCCAGAGCGAUUCGGCAGAGGUCCCCCCUCCGCCUGUGUCUGGAUAAAAGAGGCUGCUGAACGGCAGGAAACCUCAGUGAUGUCAUCAGUGCCAGUCCAGCACUAAAAGCAAUAGUGUCAUCACAUGUCACGUUCUUAAAUGCACAUAGAGGAUAGACUGAAAAAAACAUCACUCUGAAUGUAACUGCUAAUGAGUCUGAGAAUGUCAAAGUCUGUGUUUAUUUCACCUUUAAAGAUAGGGAAAGAGUUACCGAACAGUAUAUAACGCCAAUGUGGAAUCGUACUAUAGUGCCUCGUUGAAAAGGCUUCAGUUUGGGUGCGUACAUGAAAACAGCAUGAAUGAUUGUUCUGCUUAUAUUUAAGUGCUUUUAUUGUGUUUAUAUUGAUUGGGUUUGUGUCGAGUCGUUUAAUAUAGUGACCGCUGGCAUGUUCUAUGCUUUGCUUAUUAUUUAAAUUCACUCACUAAGAUCCUCUAAGAGCAACUAUACUGUUUUAAGUCAUCAGGAUUUGUUAUUUUUAGGAUGAACUAAAUGUGUUUUAACUUGAGAGUAUUUUUGGUUUCGUGUUCUGUCAGGUCACUGUCACAUACUACCUGUUGAAGAAAGUCUGAUUGAGUUAAAGUGGGUUUUAUAUUCGCACAUUCGUUCAUUUUUGAACAGUGACAGCUUUUGACAUAUUUAAAUAUAUUAUAUUCUGUCUGAAAUCGCAUCUAAGUGUAGCAGAGGCCAGCGUGUGAAGUGUUGUGCAGGUAAACCUCCCUCCCUACCUCUAAAAGGUGCUUUAGCGACAGACGCUUGAGGCAAUGGUAUUUAGCCUCCCUGUUAGAGCAACCAAUUCCCAUGCGGAAAGUCUAUGACUCAAUCCCAGCUUGGAGCGGGUUGGGUGGUUAAAUUGGUGCCAUUACCCGGAUGGGAGUGAGGUUUAGGGGGGUGAGUGUAGCAAAGGCCAGCUAGUGAAGUGAUAGGUAGAGGCCAUGGUCUUUAGCCUCCUUGUUAGAGCAACCAAUUCCUGACAUAAACAUGCUAUGUGCAUCCUGAGCCGGGACAGUGAGCAAUGUUUGACAGUCAUUCAUUAAUUUUCCUUUAGCCUAGUCUCUAAUUUAUCAGAGGUUCCACAGCGGAAUGAACCGCCAACUAUUCCAGCAUAUGUUUUAUGCUGAAAUAUCUUGAUCUGAUCUUUUUUAGCCUGACUUGGACUUCAAAGGACAGCUCUUUACCGCCACCAUCUCAAACGACAACAAAAUGCGGUAAUCUCUCAUCUCUGAUUUAUUCAGAGAGUCGCCACCGUGGAGUGAACCCCCAACUGUUUCAGCAUAUGUUUUAUGCAGCGGAUAUCCUUCCAGCCUCAACCCAGUACUGUAAAACAC